UGACAUGUAAGGAACAGACAACAAGUUUCCUGAACGUGAAUGAAAAAAUGAGGGGACAAAGUGCAGAUGCUGGUGGAAAAAUACCCAAUUGUGAUUUAGCUGUUCAAAAUGUUGAAUGUCUAAAGGAGCCAGAAAUGUCCAAUGUUUCAUCUGGAGGAUCUACGCCUGUUGUUACUGAGGUAUCUGCUAUGAUUCAUGACAAAUAUUUCUCUACUGCUGAUGGUCAAAAUACUGUGGCAAGUAAUGCUGUGGUAGAUGAAGGAUCAGGAAUCGACAGAUGCUGGUCAUCUAAUGAUGUGCAGUGCAGUGAACAAAGUGCAGAGUUUUUCGGUGUUGCUUGCGAAUUCAAUCCCAUAGAUGCAGGGCCAUCCAAAAGGUUUGCUGAUAAUUCUUCUCGUAGUCUGAUUGACGAACUUAGACUAAGAGAUUCCUUAAGAUUGAACAAAAUGCAGAACCAUUCUAGUUUCAGCAUUCAGGAAAAGAGCCGUAGUAUUCAGAAAGUGGCUGAUAUAUCCAAUAAAGUGAUUAGAAAAAGAACCAAGUGGAGAAAGUUGGAUACAACAUUUCCUGCCGUCUACUCUGCUUGUGGCUAUCCAGAGGGCACUUGUGGUGCUGGGCUACAAUGUCAUUCGUGCAAGUAUAAAAAAAGUGCCCCCCCAUCUGAUGAUGGCAGUGCAGAAGAAUGUGCAUAUUCCAUAGAACCAAGUUUCAGAGAGAGGAGGUUCAGAAUGCGUUCAUUGAAUACUCUUUCUUGCAAUAGCAAAGUUAAAUGCCAUGAAGCAAAAACUAUUGGUACUCAGUCAGAUCUUUUGAAGGUUGGCGAUGAUGAUACCUUUGUAACUUGUGAAUUACCAAGAAGAAAGAGGCCGAAGUUGGAUAUUGCAACACCUGUUAGGCAGAUAGACGAGGAAGUUAAUCUAGGUGAUGAAGCAGUAGCUAAGUGCAGUUUGGUAGAUACCUCUAUGUCUUCUGAGAUGCAUGAGAAGGUUUCUAGAAGGGAAGUAAGACCUAUAGUGUGUGGGAAAUAUGGUGUAAUUUCUAACGGGAAUCCAUCAAAACCAGUUAAAUUUGUUUCUCUGAGAGAAAUUUGUGAUUCAUUGGCUAAGUGUAGCUUCUCUGGAAACUACACUGCGAAAGUGACUUCUGUAAAAUUCAGGAAGGCAAGUGCAAAAGGAAAACAUCAAUGCAUGAACAAAUCUUGGAAUCUCAAGAAAGUUGGGAGCUGCAAUGCUCAUCGUGUUGUAACUGCCAAAAAAUCUAAAAGUCAUCUCUUGACAUCUAGUGAAUUGGAUCAUUGCCAUGGAGGUGAACUAGGGGCUGGCUUAUUCUACUCUCUAGAGAAGAGAAGGUAUGAUUGCCUUGUAAAUACUGGUAAUAUUGCAGAUGAUUCUCUGCCAACUCAACAGAAGCCAAAGUCCAAGGAGAUUCACAAACGAGGCCUUUAUGAGUCGAAACUUGAAGGCAUUCAUCCGGGAGAAGGAGGUUCUACUUGUGCUCGAACUGAGGGAUACAAGGGUCGCAAAAAGGAAGGAGUGCGGUAUAAUUUUCCUCAUUAUUCUGAGUCUGGUGGUGGAUGCCUCGUUGCCCAGGAGCAGCUAAAUGCCUGGAUUCACAUAACUGGACAAAAGCGAUCUAGAAAAGAGGUUUCAAGGCUUCCACCUAAAGAUGCUGAAUAUGAUUAUCGGAAGGAAUAUGCUAGCUAUAAAUACUCCAAAGGGUGGAAGAGUUUGGUUGUAUACAAAUCUGGCAUUCACGCGCUUGGUCUUUACACAUCUAGGUUUAUUUCACAAGGCGAAAUGGUUGUUGAAUAUGUGGGUGAGAUAGUGGGGCUCCGUGUGGCUGACAAAAGAGAAGUAGAUUACCUGUCAGGAAAGAAACUGCAGUAUAAGAGUGCUUGUUAUUUCUUUAGGAUUGAUCAAGAGCAUAUAGUCGAUGCAACCCAAAAGGGAGGUAUUGCUCGAUUCGUGAACCAUUCAUGCAUGCCAAACUGCGUUGCCAGAAUCAUUUCUGUGAGGAAUGAGAAGAAGGUAGUAUUUUUUGCUGAGAGAGACAUCUAUCCUGGAGAAGAGAUUACAUAUGAUUACAAUUUUAACCAUGAAGAUGAAGGCAAGAAAAUCCCCUGCUACUGUAAUUCGAAGAAUUGCCGGCAGUACUUAAACUGACAGCUUGAUACGUGUUCGAAUAUGUAAUUUCGGAACCAAUUGAAGUAAGUGGACGUAAUUCCUUGGCCUCUGCAGUAAUACUAAUAAUAUCCUCGUGAAAGGCCAGCACCAAUGUCCUCGCGAAUAUCAUAUCUUGUAAAUUUGUAUGUAAAUAUAUAUACUUCAUUCUUGCGUUAACAUCUCGAUCUGCAGUUUCUCA